GAGUCACGGGGGAUGGGGCUUUAUGUGCGCCUUCAUCCCCCUCUCCUUCCGGGCCCUGCUGUGGAUUAUUCCUCGGCAUUGUCGUCUCCUUGUGUCUCUGACCAUGGCCGGACCCUCACAGACCCCCCAGGCCCAGGAGCGGAUCGGGUACAUCAGCCGGAUCCAGUGUUUCAGCGCGUGCCACCGACUCCACAGCAUCCACCUGAGUGAUGAGGAGAAUAAAAGAGUGUAUGGGAAAUGUAACAACCCAAACGGGCACGGACACAAUUACAAAGUGGAAGUGACCGUACGUGGAAAGAUUGAUCGUCUUACCGGCAUGGUCAUGAACCUCACAGACCUGAAGAAAUGCAUUGAGGAUGUCAUCAUGACACCUCUGGACCAUAAAAACCUGGACAAAGACGUCCCAUACUUUGCCAACGUUGUCAGUACAACUGAGAACGUAGCUGUUUACAUCUGGGACAACAUGGCCAAGGCGCUGCCACCCAACCUCCUCUAUGAGAUUAAGAUUCACGAAACGGAUAAAAACGUGGUUGUAUAUCGAGGAGAGUAGAAGCAGGAUGUUGAUAUCAUCUCUGAAUUAGCAGACGGACCAAGACACACACAAGUGCCAUCUACUGUUUUUUCCAGCUGACGAUCAUAGUUUCUAUACCAAAGAUUUUUUUAAAAGAAAAAAUUGUUCUUUGAUGGA